AACAGCUGGUGAAAGCUUUAAAUACCAAUUUGACAGUUCUACGCCUAGGCAGCAAGGCACUGUUCGAUCCAGUAUUCGAGCUUUUCAAAUUUUCUCAGAACUUAUUUUUCUUGGUCUUCCAUCCAAAAUGAAUUGUGUGUGCCCUAUAGUUUUUGUAUUCAUAUUUGGAGAACUAGUAUUCACUGCACCAGCUAACAAGGAAGAUAAAUUUCUCGUACAUGAUUUGGAAGUGGAAUCGUUUGGUGCAGGCACAAGUUACGAAUAUGAAGAUGAGCCACAAGAAAUAAAACAAGCAAAGCUAGAAGAAAAGGCCAUUCCCACAUUUGGUGAUGCCGACACAAACCAUGAAAUAGAACAUUUACGGUUUAUCAGGUCUCCAACAGAAGAACCAGAAGCAGAAGGUCCACCCGUUGAUAUGCCAACUUGCCUUUUGUGUGUUUGCCUAACUGGUUCUGUGUAUUGUGAUGAGACCAACAUUGAUGCCAUUCCAAUGCUGCCAAAAGAGACAUCAUACCUUUAUGCACGCUUUAAUCAGAUUAAAAAGGUCACUGUAAAAGAUUUUGCUGAUUUCCCAACUCUGAGGAGGAUCGAUUUGACUGGAAACUUGAUUACUGAAAUAGAAGAUAAAGCGUUCUCACAGCUGCCAAAUCUGGAGCACCUGACGCUUUCUGAAAAUAAACUGCUCCGUCUGCCUGCCUUGCCUCCAAAACUCAGAACUCUUGCUGCACAACACAACCGUAUUAAAAGCAAUGGAAUUAAACGCAAUGCUUUUAAGAACUUGGCUGGGCUUGAAUUCCUCUACCUAGGAUUCAAUCGGCUGGACAAAGUACCUGCCAACCUGCCUGACACUAUCCGUGUACUUCAUUUACAGCAUAAUAAUAUAUCUACAAUUACGGAUAAUACGUUUUGCAAGCCCCAAGAUUCCAGUUAUAUCCGUGAACGUCUGACUGAGAUUCGGCUCGAAGAAAAUCCUAUCAAUUUGGCAGAAUACCCAAACAGUUACAUCUGUUUGCGAAGACUGCCCAUUGGAAAACCAUAUUUUGGGAGAGUAUACUAAUACAAAAAUAGUUAAGCAUCAAUCAGAAACAGUUAAGUGGUUACGACAGAAUAUUGCAUUCUAAUGCGAUUUCUCGUUUAUUAUUAUAUCAUCAUACUCAUGAGCUUUAUUAUGUUACUUGUGCCAUAUCAACACUUUUAUAUUUAACAACAUAUUGCUUUAUUUCAACAGAGCAUUAUCCCAAAGAAAUAGCAUUAAUUUUAUUUCAUGCCAAAGAAAUUCGACUAAUUUUUUGCAAAAACAGAUUCUGACAUUUUACACUAAGUUGACUAAAUUGUCACCUAUGUUUAUUUUCGUAUAAUUAAAGUUGCACAUAUUACUGUUUGACUUUCAAUGUAAUACUCUGUAAUAUAUUGUUGAACUACAUCUGACUCAUUUGCGACAGCAUGUAGUUUUAUAUACUGUGCUUCUCCUUAACAUGAUCAUUUCACAGUAAUGCAACAAAACUAAAAACAUGAGCUUUUCUUACAUAAGGCCAUUUCAAAAAACAGCUUCACAGAAGUGUGAUUGUAAUCCAAUUAUUUUAAUGGAGUUAAUUUAAAUAGAACAUCAGAAACCAAUCAUGCAGCUCAGAAGAUGGAAUUCUACUAAAUCAUAGUUACAACCCUUAUGACCUACCAUUCAUUUAUCACCUUGCUAACAAACUUACAUCCAUUCUCAUUCCAUGGCCUACAUUAUGUUAACUUUAUACAUUAUGAAUGUUUCGUAACAGACGGGAAUUACAAACAUGUCAAUAUAUAAGUUGAGCUAAAAUCAUUCAUUUUAAUUCUGCACUAAUAUUCAAAAUAUAGAGUAAAAUUCUCACUGCAGUUUGGAGCCAGCACAUAUUCUGAUACUGUUCCUUCAGAAAAUAAAGGAAUAAAAUUGAAAUAAAACAGUUUCAUAACUAACUUCCCAAUAAUUCCACAAAAGAAGUAUGCACUGGGAUUAUGCUGAGAUCGCUUCUCUACUUUCAAGUUUUUAAUGCUUCACAGAUUGUAGCAUCUUAAAAUCAUUUAUUUAUUUAUUUAGCACAUUUAACAUGAAAUGUUCCAGCAGUAUUUUAAAACAUACAUGACACUGAACCACGUAAGGAUACAUUAGAUUAAAUUACAAAAAAGUUUGGUCAAAAAGGUAGGUCUAAGGAAUGUCUUAAAAAGAACAAAGUGAGGUAGAGGGGCAGUGGAACUGUAUUCCACAACUUCUUAACCAACCAGAGAUGACAAUGGUGAAACAAUUAAAAUCAGACGUGCGCUGAUAUCUUGAUGCGAUGCUGUCUAAAGGCAAUUACAGAUAGUGAGGAGCACAGAGAUAGAGUGAUUUGAAAACAAGGAUGGAAGGUGCAGAGCCAGAUAGUCUGACAACGUGCUCCUAACAGUAUCAGGACAUUAUACAUACCUCUAUUGUGUGCCUGUGCACAUCUAAAAUUAUAUGAAUCUUCUAAAUCAACGUGCUACGGGAGAAAGAAUUUCCAACUGAUCAUAGAAUCAUGCAGUAAUGAAAAGAUCCUUCAGCCCAUCAAGUCUGUACCACCUAAGCUACAUAAAUCUACACUAGAACCAGCUUCCAGCACUAGGCCUUGAAUAUUAUGGUAAUUUAUAAAUGUACUGUUCUUUUCCAAACACUCUAUUUAAUCUUAAGCCAUAAGUAAAAGUGCUUAAACUUCUGAACAAAGCAUUUUUUAAAAGAUACAAUUUUACCAGUGGGAAAAAUAACACAAUGCUUUAUCCUACCUUGAAAUGUCUGAAGGUGACUUGGCGGAGCUCAUACCAUUUUGCAAAGGUUGAAAGAGUUCUGAAAAGUAGGAGGAGGCUCUUCUUUUCUUCUGCUCUAGAAAGAUAUCAGACAACACUAAAACUAUUUUGAACAGAAGUUGGCUCCAUGCUAAUAUCCAUUGCCCAUUUAACAAGUUGCUGGAAUGUAAGUUCUGAUUUCACACACAUUUUAAACUCUGCAGAAUUGGAAGCUGUGGUGUAGUUAUUAUUAUCAAAACAGCUUGCAUUUAGAAAAAAUCCUUACGUGCUUCAGUAAAUGAAUUCAAAAUCAAAAAAGCAGUGAAGCAGUCAAAUGAACAAGGAACAAAGGACAGUACAGUACAAGAACAGGCCCUUCGGCCAACCAAAACUGCACCAACACACUAAACUAAAACUUUCUGCCUUUAUGCGAUCCGUAUCCCUCUAUUCCCUGCCUAUUCAUGUCUGUCAUGAAGCCUCUUAAUGUUGCAAUUGUAACCACCUCCACUACCUCCCUUGGUAGCACAUUCACAGCACUUAGCACCCUCUGCGUAAAAAACCUGCCCAUUACAUCUCCUAUAAACUUACUCAGAGAUAGUGAGAACUGCUAAUGCUGGAGUCAGAGAUAACACAGUGUGGAGCUGGAGGAUCACAGCAGGCCGGGCAGCAUCAG